UCGAAAACGCAAACCCUAAAAUCAGAAACCAAAAAAAGCUCUUCAAUCUCCGACGAACCCUAGAGAGAUCGAAGCUUCCAAUCUCUGCAAUCGAAGGAUGUCUGUAGUUGUUCGUGACCCCGAUAUUGGUGAUGUCGAUCCUGAAGCUGAAGACAGAGACCAAUUUCACGUCGAAGAAAUGUUGAAUGAGUGGAAUGACGAACCUCCGAUUCGCCAUGAUGUGUACCCAGAGAGCGAUGCUGAAGAGAAUGGCGAUGGUCCUGAGAGAGUUCAUACUCAUAUCAGGCGAGGCGAUGGUCAUUUGUACCAUAAGCAAACUUUCUUCAGUGGAGUUGCGUUCAAGGAAGCUGUGGUUGAUUAUGCUCUUAGGACAGGAUGCAAUCUGAAGCAGUACAGGUAUGACAAUGAUAAAAUUGGCUUCAAAUGUGUUGGUAACGAUGGUAAAGAGGAAGGAGUACGAUGUGAAUGGCAAGUUUAUGCCGCGAUUCUUCCUAAAGAUAACAUGUGGAAGAUUAGGAAGUUUGUAGAUAACCAUAGCUGCAUCCCAAAUGGGGAGUGUGAGAUGUUUAAGGUGCCACAGAUAGCUAGGUUAUUCGUUGAUAAGAUUAGGGAUAAUCCGGAAUUCUAUAUGCCAGCUAAGAUUGAAGAAAUGAUAAAGGAGCAAUGGAAGAUCAGUGUCACUAGGAAUCAAUGUCAGGCUGCGAGAAAGAAGGCAAGGCAAUGGAUUGAGAAGGAGUAUGAUGAGCAGUUUGCGAGAUUAAGAGACUAUGCUGCUGAGAUUCUUGAGUCAAACCCGGAUUCACAUGUAGAAGUUGAUUGUCUGACCAAUGAGGAAGGUAAAGACAUGUUCAAUAGGUUUUAUGUCUGUUUUGAUAGCCUAAGAAAGACUUGGAAGGAGAGCUGUAGGCCUCUUCUUGGCAUUGAUGGCUGCUUUUUGAAGAACAAGGUAAAGGGACAGUUGUUGGUUGCAUUAGGUAGGGAUGCUAAUAAUCGCAUAUAUCCUGUGGCAUGGGGAGUAGUUAAAGUAGAGAAUACUGAGAAUUGGGUUUGGUUUGUGAAGAAUUUGAAGGAAGAUUUAGGAUUAGGUGAUGGUGAAGGCUACAUCAUGCUCUCAGAUAGGCAAAAGGUAUCUUCAGUUUCUUUUGUUUCCUUCUCUUUUUGGUUUUAAAUUCUGUGGUAUUGAUAUAUUGGUUUGUUCUUGAUUUCAGGGUUUGAUCAAAAGUGUUCAACUUGAGUUGCCAAACAUAGAGCAUAGGAUGUGUGUUCAGCAUAUAUAUGGGAACUUGAAGAAGAAUCAUGGAAGUAAAACCCGCAUGAAGCCACUGUUAUGGGAUUUAGCUUGGGCUUAUAAUGAGAAAGAUUAUAAGCAGAAACUAGAGAGGAUCUUCUGCUAUGACACAGUUGUCUUCAAUGACAUCAUGAAGACAAAUCCAAUGAGUUGGUGCAGGGCAUUCCAGAAGAGAGGCAACUACUGUGAGGAUGUGGACAACAACUUCACUGAGUCUUUCAAUGGCUCUUUGAACAAGGCAAGAGAAAAGCCAUUUGUGGCUAUGUUAGAGGCUAUAAGAAGAAUGGCUAUGGUGAGGAUUGCAAAGAGGUCUGUUGAAUCUCAUACUCACACAGGUAGCUGCACUCCUUAUGUUGCAUUAUUUCUGUCUGCUGAACACAAGCUAGCUUCUGAGGCAAAGGUGUCUACAAGCACUAAUGGGAUGUAUGAAGUCAGGCAUGGUGCUGAUUAUCAUCGUGUGUGCUUAAAGAGCUACACAUGUACAUGCCAGAAGUGGCAGAUAUGUGGCAUCCCGUGUGAGCAUGCAUAUGGAGUAAUUCUGGACAAGAAGCUUGCACCAGAGGACUACGUGUGUCACUGGUUCAGGACAUCUACUUGGAAAAAAAACUACACUGAUGGUGUGUGUCCACAGAGAGGUCCUAAGUUUUGGCCUGAGACUAAUGCUCCUCCUGUGCAUAUACCACAGCCACCAGAAGGAGAGAAGGAUAAGGAGAUGACAAAGAAGGAUAAGAAGAGGAAGAAGGGUGUCAAUGAGUCUCCUACUAAGAAGGCACCAAAGAACAAGAAAAGGAUCAUGCAUUGUCGUGUCUGUGGGACAGCUGAUCACAAUGCUAGGCAUCACAAGAAAGAUAAGGUUUGUUUUGUUUUGUUUUGUUUUGUUUUGUUUUGUGUCCAAUUUGACAACAUGUGAUCUUGUGUUUCAGGGUUCUCAAGAUGUUUUCCACUCUUCUCAAGCUGAACCAAGUCAAGGGUCACUCACUCAAGCUUAGUGGAGUAGUAGCUAAGUAGAUGUAGGGCACAAAUGUGGUUGUCUCUAUCUAAUUUUCGAUCACAUAUGACUUGUGUAUCCCUCUGUUUUCUAAACCUUUUGAAUGUUUCUAGGUCUUUUGAAUUAAUGUCUCUUCGGAUGGAUGUAGAAUGAAUGUUUUAAAGAAUGUUGGUUUCUCUUAACUUGAAUUUGAUUGUUUUGUUCUCUGUUA